UGAAGUUAGAAUUGGGGAAGUGGUUGCCGCCGUCAUGCCCAAGAAUUGUACCGUGACCGAUUGCUGGCGGCAUGCGGGCCAAGUGGCGGCUGAUAAGCGGAGGAUCAGCUUCUACAAGUGAGUGUCGUCUUGUCCUGGCUGCAGGAGCUCCACUGGGUUCGUAAAGUGAAGGGAGAGCAGUGGAACGAACCGGGAUGAGGCCGUUCAGCCCUCCCUUUACGCCUAGCCCAGUGCAUCCAGCUCCAGAGUCGCACAGGCAUCUCACAGAUUAAAUCAUAACAGCAAGUGACUGGAGAUACUCAGCAGGUCUGGCAGCAGUUCCUACGUCCCCGUGUGGGAGGGAAAUGGAAAUGUUUGCUGUACCUGAGAAUUUGUGAUCGAUGGACUGGGGUCUUUUCAGGUUUCCAUUGAAUGACAAAGAGAGACUCGCGAAAUGGCUUUCCAACAUGAAAAGGGAGAAAUGGUUUCCAUCUCAAUACCAAUAUGUCUGCAGUGAGCACUUUACUCCUGACAGCUUUGAAUGGAAGUGGGGGACACGAUACUUGAAGGCAGAUGCUGUACCUACGAUUUUUCCUUUUCCAGAGCAGCCUGUGGUAUGUUUGGCCUCGAAAAGGAAAGCCCAUGCUCGAUCAGUCGGAAGUAAAUGGAAAAAAGAGAGGUUGGAAGGUCAAAGCAAUGAAGAUGAAAAGGCAUUGCAAAUGCAAACUGUUCCAGUUCUGUCACAUGAAUUGAGUGAGCCAGAGGCACUUGCAUUGUUAGUUAUGACAACAGAACCAACUCUGUCAACUUCAUCCAGUACAAUUACUGAAGCUGAUAAGGUAGCUAUAUCUUCUUGUGCUCAUAUUGACUGUACAUCUGAAUCAAUUACACCAACUGUUCAAUCUUUACCGAACAUGGCAGUGAAUCCCUUUGAGUUGUUGCAAAUAGACAAAGGCAGAUCUCCUCAAUCUGCACUGAUGGAGCCAUCACUAUUGCCAUUUGAAAAUGUUGCAGCUGUUGAAACUGUUCCACUUACACCAACAUUGACAUCAGUUGAAACUGGAACAACAGGUGGAGUUUUGCCAACAGUUGAAACUUCAAAGCUUGUGUCAGCACAGAUGGGCGAGGAACCGGAACCAGCAUCGAUAGAAGUUGUGCAUCCAGCUGCUCAAGAUAUUGAAACGCUGAAAUCUUUCCAGCUAAAACCUUCAACAUCAGUCCCUUCUACUCCAGCAAUGUCAGUUUUUGAUAAUAUUGCAACAGCAUCAGCCGUAGUAUCAACUAAUCAAACAUUAUCUCUCUCCAACGUGUUUCCUGCAACAUCUUCCAUAUUACUGGCAGCAACAACUGAAACUUUGACAAAACUGUCUGGCUUUGAAACACUACUGACGAUGCCUUCUGCUGUCCUUGUACCAGUUACGUCAACUCUACCAGUUGUGAAAAAUCAUGCAGUUAUGUCCACUGGGCCAGCAAUUGCUUCUGUAGAAACAGUUAUGCCUGCACUGCCUGACCACUCAGAAGUACAAGGUGAACAUUCAUACUACAAAAGUGACCUCACCAUAGAACAGCUUGAAAGAAUUAUUGCUAACCUGCAAAAAAAAGUGAAAGUGAUACAGCAACGCGAGAGGAGGAAUUCAGCCCGGCUGAAAGCCAUGGAAAAUCUUGUGGACCAACUUAAAAGCAAAAAUAUUCUUUCCGAGGAGAAGCUGAAAAUAAUGGAGAUGACUUGCUCACAGACAAACGAUCAAAUGAUUCAUCCCUCCAGUACUGUCACAGUUGUUUGUGAAGACAAUGGCAAUAUAAUUUAUGCACUUCAACAAUCACCAAAUGAUAAUGGUGAUAUGCUUUGAUGGACAUGUUCAGCUUCAUGAAGCACAAGCGAGUCCACUAUUCCUGUAGCUUACUGUAUGUUUGUGGAACAACUUUGUAAUUUUUCAUUUAAAUGAAAAUAUUAAAUUAUUUUAUUUCUACCAUUA